GGUGUCCGCAGCUACACGCCAUCUUCCAUCGAAGCAUGAUGGUGAAGUCCUCAAGUUUCCAGAAACUUCUUCCAACUCCUCGCCAGAAUUCUCCGCUUCAUCUACCGGCUGAAACUACUACACGUGUCCACCCUACCACGUGAGCAUCCGACGUGGCGUGCCGAUUUCGCGGAAUUUGAUACGUCCCUGCGCCGUCCCCUCGCCCCUCCUCCUCUACCUUUUUCCGGUCUAUUUUGUCUUUCAACUCAAUGAAUUCACCAAAUCCGCCGCCCAAAACAUCUUUUAGGUCUCCGGCAACUCAUCCCGAUUUCUUCGCCGUCUUCUUAUUCCAUACUUCUUUCUUUCCUUCCCAUCUCGUUUCCCUCAUUUUCUCUGUUCGGCGAUGAACGGGGAAGGAAGAGAGGACGAAACUACAAAGGACAAGGAUGAAUUGGUAUUCAUGUGCGGCUAUCUUCCCGGAGCUCUGACUGAGCGGUCGCCUAUUUCAUCUCCCGUUGUUGUAAGGUCCGACGGCUUCGGCUGGAAGGAUGUCUGUGGCGGCGGUUGCGGGUUUGCAAUGGCGAUUUCAGACUCUGGGAAGCUUAUUACGUGGGGUUCGACAGACGAUCUUGGUCAAUGCUACAUCACAGCGGGAAAACAUGGGGAAAUCCCCGAGCCAUUCCCUGUUCCAACUGAUUCUGCCAUCAUAAAGGCUGCAGCAGGCUGGGCUCAUUGUGUAGCUGCUACAGAUGUUGGGGAGGUUUAUACGUGGGGAUGGAAAGAGUGCAUUCCUUCAGGGAAAGUAUUUGGAGACCCGUCUGCCUCCAGAAGAUCGGAAAAGGAUGUUUCAGAAAGACCAGGUCCAUCUGCCUUGGAACAAGUGAGCCCUCGUCCCCAAGCUGCCAAAUCUAGAGGCGGGAAUUCAGUUGCAGAUGAAAGUGCGAAACGGAGAAAAGUAUCAGGAAAACAGACAUCCGAACCCUCAUCUUCUGGGGAUGAGUUGUUAUCAGCAGUGCCUUGCUUGGUUACACUUAAUCCAGGAGUAAGGAUUGUCACUGUAGCUGCUGGAGGCCGCCAUACUUUGGCACUUUCAGAUAUAGGACAGGUAUGGGGUUGGGGAUAUGGAGGUGAAGGCCAGCUUGGCUUGGGCUCCAGAGUCCGAAUGGUGUCGUCUCCACAUCCUAUACCCUGUAUAGAAUCUUCUCAGGGGAGAGAUAUAUCUGGGGGCUAUUCUCGAGCUGGCAUGACUUCAGAGGGCCAAACAUUUCGAGUUGUUGGAAAUUAUAUUAAAGCAAUAGCCUGUGGUGGCCGGCACAGUGUUGUUGUCACGGAUGCUGGAGUAUUGCUCGCUUUUGGGUGGGGACUCUAUGGGCAGUGUGGACAAGGUAGCACUGAUGAUGAGCUGAGUCCAACCUGUGUAUCUACCAUGCUGGGCAUUCGGAUGGCAGCCGUUGCUGCAGGGCUGUGGCACAGUAUUUGCGUUUCGGAUGAUGGUGAUGUUUAUGCGUUUGGUGGGAACCAAUUCGGGCAGCUGGGAACUGGUGUUGACCAAGCAGAGACAAUCCCCAGGCUAUUGGAUGCUCCAAGUCUGGAAAAUGAAAACGCGAGGACCGUCUCCUGUGGCGCUCGUCAUAGUGCUGUAGUGACCGUGGAUGGGAAAGUGUUCUGUUGGGGCUGGAACAAGUACGGCCAGCUCGGACUGGGCGACGUAAUCGACCGCAACAUUCCUUCUCAGCUCACCAUCGACGGCUACACCCUUAGAAGCGUGGCGUGUGGUUGGUGGCAUACCCUGCUGUUAGCUGAACCCCAGCUGCCUUGAGGGGUUUGGCUAAGUUCUGAUUUGGAUUCUGGCUUUCAGGUGAAACCCCCAAUUUUGGUUAGAAUUAGAAGGCAGUUCGUCACCUGCUGCUAUUGAUCUAUGUAACACCGCCGCCAAAGGUCUUCCCCGUUGCACAUAGAUGGUGAUUGUUGCCAUGUACAUACCCCGUCGGCCAGUGUUUGACGUUUAUGUUUUUCGUGGUGAACAGUAAUACACCUCAGGGAUUUGACAAUUUUAGUUCGUCCCAUUUGACGUUAUUUGGAGGUUGUACAAUAGAGAUCAGUUGAAUUUAACCUGACGUGCAUAUCAGUUUGGUUUGAUUGCAUUAUAGCUUCAGUGGCUGCUGACCCAAUCACUUGUUUAUUGUCUCUCCUGGUUCCUACUCGUUCAUGGAAGCCUACCAGCCAAAUUGACCAUCGCGAAGGUGGAGUUUGAACGUUGAAUUGCAACGACUCUCCAUUAUAUACCGUUAAUUCAAGGGCUGGAUCCAUUGACCACGCACAAAGAGCCGCCAUCAAUAGCCUUUGAGAUGGCCUUAUGAUUGGGAACAAAAUGGCCUUAUUCGGACAAGCUUGUUGUUCCCGUUUAAAUAUCAAUUCGAUUUUACAAUAUUCACAAAAUCACAAAAUAUUUGGGACUAUACGCAGUAUAUUUAGUCUGGUUCGAUUUCAUUUUAGAUUCAAUUCGAUGCAGUUUGGUGGGAACAAACAGUUGCAUAUCUUUACUCAUUGACACCAUUCCAUUUAUAUUUUUCAUAUAUGGUUGUUUAGUAUGUGUGUAUUUUAUGCAUUUAUAGCAUAAACCUAGGACCUACACAAAACAUUCUCGAAAAUAUUAUGGUAAAAAAUUACUAAAUUAAGGAACGAUGACAAAAUAACCAUACUCGCGGACAUCCGUUUAUAUUUUAUCUAAUUGUGUAGGGUAAAAUUCGAAUUCGAAUGAGUUUUAAUGGGUAUGAGUCUGAAUUCGAAUAUUGUGCAUGAGGGGUUGGCCUUGAUUUUUACAAUCCAAUCUGAAUUCGCCCGAUAUGUGUAUUUUGUUUAAAAGUUUGUUAUUAUUUUUCUCAACAUAUUUGAUAUUUAUCAUAUAUAUGCAAUACUUUCAAGAAAUUGUAUAGUUUUUA